AAUUUGUUUUUAUUUCAUUUCUAUUUUGAUUGUAUUUUUUAAAAAAAAUUUAUAAUGUCGACAAUUGAACCCAUUUCGCGGUUGAACUUUAUUUUCGACAUUAUUGUAACUCGAUUGCAGUUUAUCAAAGAUAAAAUCGAUGACCCAGCGGAUCUUCUGAUCAACUUGAAGUUUAACAGUAUUGGGGUUAGCAUUACGUCUAGCCGCAUUAAUGUGGGCGAUUUCCGGGCUGGACGCUGCACUGAAUUCGUUUCAGAUCCGAGUGCGUUGCGCACAAAUCUCGAGAGAAACGGUAUGCCCAUAACGGUACGCAACAAGGGGAUGACUUUGGGAACUGCUCUGGUCGCAUUGCCUCAGAGCUUCAUAGAUCGCAUUGAGGUUGGGAUGAGUGAUCUAGUAUUCGAACAUAAAUGUAGCAUCAUACGACGCGACGCUGAGGUGGGUACUUUGGAAUUCCUUUGCACUCUAAUCAUUAAGUGCGAUGAGCAACCACAGCAGACGGUCACAUGUAACAGUGCCUGUGAGAAUUUGGCCAAAGCCUUCAAUCCGACUGACAUUAUGUUCGUAGUGGGUGCUCCACAGCCCUGUCCCUUGCCAUGUGAGCCGUGUUUGGAUGAAUUGGAGCCAGAAGAGGGAGACGAACGCCUCCAAUUGGAUUUGGAUCGCUAUCGCAGAAGGAGCCAGCGUGUUACCACACCUCCUGAGAAGAUAUGUGGAAUGGAGGCGUGCUGCCAGUUAAAGACAAUGACAAAACAAUAUGAGGAAUGCAUAGAAUCGGUUAUUGAAAAGGUGUCUCACUUGCCUUCACCGAUGCCAAAUGGUGAUCUUUGUUUUACAGACUGGAGUGGCAAACAGAAAACGUUCAAGCAUAAAGCUACAGAUCACACAAUACCUGUUCCUGUUAAGGACAUGGAGGAAGAGAUGGGUAUAAAGCCAAUUCGCUUCUGUCCUAUUUGUCUGACUCCAAUGAGCUGGCUUCCAAAAUAUACACCCUGUCCCAAAUGCUGCGCCGUGCCCAUUCCCCAGAUAGAAGCUGAGGAGAAACCCACUGCAGCCCAAAUAAUACGAGAGUAUCUCAAAUUGCCCUCGAAUUCAGACGAAGACUUUUGCCACGAUCCCUGUGAUGAGGCAAAGAAAAUGAAAAAAAAGGAAAAGGAAUUCCAAAAUUCACGUCGCUGUUCUUGCACAAUUGACAAAUGUUGUACUCAUUGCCGUGUUCGUAGUCUCUGCUCGGGCACUUUUGGUCCAGCACAUGAGACUAGCACUCCAGAUUCAGAUGAAAACUUCUACGUGGAGAGCAAAGAUCGUCGCCCAUGUUUGGAAUUGGUAUUCUCUGAACUGCGAGCUAUGUACGAUGAAAGAGACGAAAAAAAGAGAGCUAAAUUAAAUAAGACAUUUGGGCAAAAACCAGAUCUGGCUAGGAAUUCAUCAACAAGUGCCGGAUUAAGAGCAACUGGAAGUCCAACUCUUUUGCAUCGUUCCCUCAACGCUCCAAAACUUGGCCAUAAGACCUGCCUCAAGAGACAGGGGAUCGUGUCCCGGCGACACGGCUGGACAUGGCCAUCGAGCAAAGAGGCACGAAAAUACGGCUGGCGUCCAGGUGCCAUUCAUCGCUAUGUUGGCGCAAUUAUGAAAUUCUUUCUAACAAAAACAACAGAGCACAAUUCAUAUAACAUCUGCCGUUGUGUGGAAGACGCAGAGAGUCGAAAACAGCUUCCCAUUCUCAAUGUCUGCAAAAGGAACGGCGAAAUUUUCAUAGCACUACGAGCACUCAAUAAUCCAAAUGUGCGAAUGGAGCCCAUUGUGUUCAAGGUGGUCAAACGCGAUCUAGCUGUUGCCCUAAGGGAGAUCAAAAGAAAGUUCAAGGAUAUGGGUUUUCCCAAGUGCACCUGCCACAAUACGGUUAUGUUGUGCGUCUGUCGCAGCAGCGUGGAAAAGAAGCAUCUCGAGUCAGCACUGCGGAAGGAGUGUGAGCGCAGGGGCAUCGAGAACUGUGUAGAUCACCUGGUGCUCACAGAUACCAGUGACAGCGAGAUGGAGUUUGACUUCGAUGUGUCCCCUCCAGCAGCUGUAGUUAAGCCGCUGUUAGCUAUUAAACCGCGCUCUAUCAACAUUAGUACACAGACUUUUAAGAAAGUUGAAACUGUGCCGUCCAAGUAUCCAAUCCCUGUUGAUCACUACUGGCGUACCUAUGACUGUGCUGCCGGUGAUCGAUUUACGAGCACGGCUUUCGGUGCUCCCGGAGAAGCAGUGUUUGAGGAUGGCGUCUUUGGAUAUAGGGCCGGUGGGCCACAUGGAAAAUCAGUCUCUCCGGGUGGCAGGCCUAAGACCGCGAGAGUUUGGGGUGCGAGUCCAGGACCUAUGCGAGGUGGUGGACGAUUGGGACCAGGGGCUAUUUGUCGUAUUGGAAAGUCUUUUCCUGGGUGUAAAACUAAAUCAUCCAGCCCAAGUCCGGUUAUUCCUGUCAGAAUGCCUAAGCGCUAUGUUGAAGGACUCAAGAAAGCUGCUCAAUCUGAAAAGGAUGCAAUUGAAAAGCAGAAGGGGAAAAAGAAGGCCGUUGACCCGAUGAAGUAUUUGAUGGAAAAAGGCACCGUUGCCAAACCCUGGAAUCCCAAUGACCCACAGCCGAAGUAAUCAGAUCUAUAUUGAAUUAUAGAUGUUUCAAUGAUUUUAAUUUUGAACCUAUAUAUCUGUACAAUAUUUUGAUGAUGCAGAAAUUAAAAUAAUAAAUAGCUUGGCAGACCGUCUUAUCACCAUAAAUCUUAAGACUCU